AUGAGUGGCGGUGGUGAAGGAGAAGAAGAGACAACACUUGAGUUCACUCCGACGUGGGUUGUCGCUGGCGUUUGUACUAUAAUCGUGGCCAUUUCCCUCGCUGCUGAGCGCCUUCUUCACUAUGGUGGAAAAUAUCUCAAACGCAAAGAUCAGAAGCCACUUUACGAAGCUCUCCAGAAAAUCAAAGAAGAGUUGAUGCUUCUCGGUUUCAUUUCUCUUCUUCUCACCGUUUCACAAAACGGACUCACCAAAAUAUGUGUUCCUCCUGCCGUAUUGCGUCACAUGCUUCCCUGUACUCUCCAGGAGAAGGACGACGCGGAAUCUCAACUCCCCAAGUCACAUUCCGCUUUCUCUUUUCCCGGUCUCGCAAGACGCCUUCUCGCUGAACCACCACAAAAUGCUCAUUCCAAAACCUCUUUCUGCUCUACCAAGGACAAGGCUCCUUUAUUAUCUCUUGAAGCCUUGCAUCAUCUACACAUCUUCAUUUUUGUUCUCGCCGUUGUUCAUGUUACUUUUUCAGUUCUCACCGUUGUUUUCGGAGGCGCCAGAAUUCGUCAGUGGAAGCGCUGGGAAGAUUCUAUUCGGAAGGAGAAUUAUGAUACUAGUAAAGUUUUCAAACCAAAGUUUACUCAGGUUCAAAAUCACGAGUUUAUCAAAGGUCGUUUUUCCGGUGUCGGUAAAGACUCUGCCUUAAUUGGUUGGGUGCAAUCCUUUUUCAAGCAGUUUUAUGGUUCUGUGACAAAAUCAGACUAUGUGACACUAAGACUCGGGUUCAUUAUGACUCACUGCAAGACAAACCCAAAGUUUGAUUUUCACAAGUACAUGAUCCGUGCCCUUGAAGAUGAUUUCAAGAUAGUUGUUGGCAUAAGUUGGUAUCUUUGGCUCUUUGUGGUCAUCUUCUUGUUGUUAAAUAUCAAUGGUUGGCAUACAUAUUUCUGGAUUGCUUUCAUUCCAGUUAUUCUUUUACUUUCAGUGGGAACGAAGCUGGAGCAUGUAAUAACCCAACUAGCUCAUGAAGUAGCUGAAAAACAUGCAGCCAUAGAAGGUGACUUGGUUGUAAAACCAUCAGAUGGUCACUUUUGGUUUCAUCGGCCCCACAUCGUUCUCUUCUUGAUUCACUUUAUCCUUUUCCAGAAUGCUUUUGAGAUAGCAUUUUUUUUCUGGAUAUGGGUUACAUAUGGAUUUGACUCCUGUAUAAUGGGACAAGUUCGUUACAUUGUUCCAAGGCUUGUGAUUGGGGUAUUUAUUCAGGUACUGUGUAGCUACAGCACCUUACCACUCUAUGCAGUUGUUACACAGAUGGGAACUCACUAUAAGAGGGCAAUAUUUAAUGAGCAUGUGCAAGUGGGCCUUGUUGGUUGGGCAGAGAAGGUAAAAAAGAAGAAAGCACUGAAAGCUGAAAGCCAAGGAAGUUCUCAUGAUCAUGAGGGUAGUAGUACUAGUGCAGGAAUUCAGCUUGGGUCAGUUUUCCAGAAGAAGGCAUCAGCUCCUGAUCAUGAGGGUAGUAAUAGUGCAGGAAUUCAGCUUGGAUCAGUUUUCCCGAAGAGGGCAUCAGCUCCUGAGGACAAUACGUCGGCGUCGGUCCCCAAAGCUGAGGGGUCUAACUGA